UGGACGGCCCAGAUUACUAGAAAGAACCAUCCGAUGGCUGAUGGGGCACCGGCGACGGGUCUCAAAGGCAAGUCCAGAACUGGCGUGGCGCUCAGAUUCCCGUGUCGCUCCAGAGUCCCCUCCGCUUCGGCCGUUGCAGACCGCGGGAGUGAAGCUUCCAUGGCGGAGGAGGCUUCGCCUGCGCAGCCGAGCCCCGCGGCCUCCCGCUCGGUCCGCUGCAUCGUCAAGCUAGUGCACUCUCGCGCCCUCCGCCACGCCAUGCCUCCUUUCCUUGCGUGCCUGUAUAGCCCUGUACGCCUCUCUGGUGUUGGUUGAUUUGAGAAGCUUGGUGGGGUGGCGCAGGUGGAGCGGCGAUCACGAACAAGGGUGAGCUGGAGAGCAUCAACGAGGGGAGCUUGCGGUCGGCAUGCUCGCUGCUGCGGCAGGCCAUGUCCGAUGCCGAUGGCGCCGGCCCGGAGAAGCUAAUGGGUAUGGAUUGGACUAGGAGGCGCGGCGAUCCGGUUGACCCGGCCGUGGACGCGUAGGGGUUCGCGGGGAUGUCUGAGCCGGGGCUUGAAACCAACUUCGUCGUCGUGCACGGCGCCGGGUCUUUUGGUCACUUCCAAGCAAGUAGAUCUGGAGUUCAUAAAGGAGGUCUGCAUUCGACACUGGUGAAGGCUAGCUUUGUGGCUACAAGAAUUUCAGUGACUUCUCUCAACCAGGAAAUUGUUAGAGGCCUAGCAGGAGAAGGAAUACCAUCUGUUGCGAUGUCAUCAUUUGCUUGUGGGUGGUCUACCAAGCAAAGAAACCUUGCAUCAACUAAUGCUUCUCAAAUAAUUCAGUCACUCCAUGCCAGCUUUGUCCCUGUUUUGCUUGGAGAUGCUGUUCUUGAUGAAUUGCCGGACUGUACCAUAUUGAGUGGGGAUGUCAUUGUACUACAUCUUGCGCAGCUUCUAAGCCCGAAAUAUGUUGUAUUUCUGACAGAUGUCCAUGGAGUAUACGAUAGCCCUCCAACUGACCCAAAUGCAGUACUUCUGAGAGAGAUAGAGGUGGAUGACGAUGGAAACUGGUCUAUUGUAAAACCUGCAUUACUGCAAGCCAACAAUAAAGGAGUGGAGAUAUCAGUAGCUGCACAUGACACCACCGGCGGAAUGGAGACCAAAAUAUUGGAAGCAACCAUGAUAGCCAGGCUUGGAAUUGAUGUGUAUAUUACAAAGGUGGGAACGCUUGCUCCUGCAGGUGUUGUCUGCUGGUUGUUGGUGGCACUGCUGAAAAGGAAAUUUAGUUUUAGAUCAAAAGGAAAAAAAAAAUAGUAGCAUAGUGCAUUUGGUAUUCAGUUAGGUAGCAUUUACCGUGAACCCGGUCUUGUGUGUCAGUCUACGGUCGGUUUUCGCGUCGUAGUCAGGUUGAGUUCGGAUGUACUUGUUAAAAACCCUGCAUAAGGAUGGAUCGAUU